UGUCCAUCCCUCAGGGAACACUGAACUGCCUGGAGUGUGACUCAGGCAAGCUAGGAAGCUGGGUCCUUCUGUAUUUGAAAGUCCUGCCGACCAGUGAGCACGUUUCUGCUGAGAACUUCUCUUGGGGCCUUUUAGGCCAUUUUCUCCUUAUGCAGCUGCGAUUUCUCCACAAUUCCAUCUGAGAACGAAAUAUGCAGGACGAGUGGACAGAAGAAGAAAUGGUCAGCUCUCAGGGAUGGCUGACCUUCCAGGACGUGGCUCUAGAAUUCUCUCAAGAGGAGUGGGGAUGCCUGAACCACAGCCAGCGGGAACUGUAUGCGGAUGUGAUACUGGAGGUCUAUGGGCACCUCCUCUUCUUAGGUCUCCUUGUAUCAAAACCAGACCUGGUCAUCUUUUUGGAGCAAGAGAAGGAGCUGCAGGGUGUGAAGAGAAAGGAGACAGUAACCUCACACCCAGGACACUCCUUCAGCUUCAGUGUAGGUCCACCACUCCCACGGUGA